AUGGCAGUGGAGUUGAGAGCACUCCUCCGUUUCGAUAAUCUUGUUGCAAAAGGUGCUCUGCUCUGGCAUGACGCACCUCCUCGCAACGUGGCGGCAGUGCCUUUCGAUUUCGAGUUCCGUAUAGCUAAAUGCCUCUCGCACAAACCAAUGGACCCGGUGAACGCCAAACGCAAGACCGCAUUCGAAGAUAGUGACCCAGAUUUCGUCGUUCUAGAGCAAGUUGGUGCAAGAUACAGACUCAUCCUCAACAAGUAUUGCGUUGUACGGCCGCAAUUCGUCCUCCACACCCAGUGCCUCAAGCCACAGACUGCUCUUCUCGACUUCGACGACAUUCAUGCAGCAUGGACAGCGCUCGAUCACCUUGGAGAAAAUUACGUGGCCAUAUACAAUGGUGGCAAAGAUGCUGGAGCCAGCAUCGGGCACAAACAUCUUCAAAUUCUGCCACGACCUUCAUCCUUUGGACUAGACUUCCUGAUAAUGAAGUACCUGCGUUGCGAGGCCGACAACAAAGACGAAAAGAACGGCAUCUCCAGGUCGGCCAGACAACUCAAGCUCGCUACAUUAUUGAGUGAGGUGCCGUAUCAGCUCGGAGUACGCGGAUUGUCAGACGGCAUCGACAGUUCAACUGUACACAACACAUACAACGAGCUGCAAGAGAAGCUGAGCUUAGAUCACGAUUCGCCAAACAAUCUCAUACUGACACGAGACUACAUCAUGCUCAUACCACGGCACAGAGCUCACAUCGACCAAAUCUCUGGCUACAUUGCCAACGCAGCUGCGAUGAUGGGCAUGGUGUGGGUGCAAUCUGAGAAUCUUUUUGAAGGCUGGCUACAAUAUGGGCCGAUGCGAGUACUGAACGCGCAGACAAGACCUCGCAAUGGUGCACAAGGUGUUCCAUGA